AUGGCUACAUCCACUGCGGCAAGCUGGGCCGAUUUAUGGGAUCAGAUAGAUAUUCUGGCUUCUCAUACGCAAAAAGGUAUUGAAAGUUUAGAAAAAUAUGGAAUGUUCCUGAAAGAAAGAGCUGCGAUUGAGGAUGAAUAUGCAGCUAAAUUGAGAGCUUUGGUGAAAAAAAAUUUGGGGAAGAAAAAGGAAGAUGAAGAGUCAUUUAAAGCAUAUACCUUUAUCAGUUCGUUUCACUCCAUCCUGCAUGAAGUUGAAAGUCUCGCCGGUCAACACGAGGUUAUUGCGGAGGGUCUGCGGAAAGAUAUUCAUCCAGCUUUAUUAACAAAAUGUGCUGCGUUCCGUGCAGCUCGCAAAAAUCAUCUCAAUGAGCUUCAUAUUAUUAAUGGUGUUCUGAAUGCUUCUAUUGAUAAUAUGUUCAAAUUUCAAAAGAAUUACUG